GGGGUUAAUACAGAAUCAUGGACCGGCUGCUCAGACUCGGGGGCGGGAUGCCCGGCCUGGGACAGGGCCCCCCAACGGAUGCCCCCGCAGUGGACACGGCCGAGCAGGUGUACAUCUCCUCUCUGGCCCUGCUCAAGAUGCUGAAACACGGUCGGGCCGGCGUGCCGAUGGAGGUCAUGGGCCUGAUGCUGGGCGAGUUCGUGGACGACUACACCGUGCGGGUGAUCGACGUGUUCGCCAUGCCGCAGUCUGGAACGGGCGUGAGUGUGGAAGCGGUGGACCCCGUCUUUCAGGCUAAGAUGUUGGACAUGCUCAAGCAGACAGGCCGGCCUGAGAUGGUGGUGGGCUGGUACCACAGCCAUCCUGGUUUUGGCUGCUGGCUCUCAGGAGUGGACAUCAACACCCAGCAGAGCUUCGAGGCCCUGUCGGAGCGUGCCGUUGCCGUGGUGGUUGAUCCCAUCCAGAGUGUCAAAGGAAAGGUCGUCAUUGACGCCUUUAGACUUAUCAACGCCAACAUGAUGGUUCUGGGGCACGAGCCAAGGCAAACGACAUCCAACCUCGGGCAUCUGAACAAGCCGUCUAUCCAAGCUUUAAUCCACGGCCUGAACAGGCAUUACUACUCAAUCACCAUCAACUACAGGAAAAACGAGCUGGAGCAGAAGAUGCUGCUGAACCUACACAAGAAGAGCUGGAUGGAAGGUCUGACGCUGCAGGACUACAGCGAGCACUGCAAGCUUAACGAGACCAUCGUCAAGGAGAUGCUGGAGCUGGCCAAGAACUACAACAAGGCUGUAGAAGAAGAGGACAAGAUGACCCCAGAACAGCUCGCAAUUAAGAAUGUUGGAAAGCAGGACCCCAAACGCCACUUAGAGGAACACGUGGAUGUCCUGAUGACGUCGAAUAUCGUGCAGUGCCUAGCGGCCAUGUUGGAUACUGUGGUCUUUCAGUGAUGCCUGUCUGUACAUUAUAUUGUUUUUUUUUUUUUUUUUUGUGCUUUUCCUUUGGAAAUAAACAUUUAAAAAGUCUGAACUUGGACUGAGAUUGCUGGUUUCCUGCAUAUGUAAUUUCUACAUUAAAAUUGACCCUUUGCCCAGACCUGUCCUCCACGGUUCCGGAACUCGUGCUCAUCUACUCGUUUGUUUUCGGCGACCUGCUAACCCUGAUUGGAAUCUACGCCCUCAAGCCUGUUUCUGCGAUUUCUAAAUGUUUUUACUUUGGACCUGAAACUCCUAGUCAGGUGACUUUGCAAAUAAUGGCUUCAGUACGUAAGUGAGCUGCAUUAAUAGCUGCAUUAAUAGCAGCGUGCACGCUGUGUCCCGGGGUGUGGCAUACUGCUGCUGAACUGUGUGUCUGAAGGGCACAGGGACAGGCUGCUCAAAUAAUAAAAUACACAUGUAUCGUUUUAACUGAGUCCUGGUAUUUAUAGUGUUGUUGCUGUCACAUUCACAGCAGUAACAUGCAUGACAUUUAUGUCACGGCUUUUGAUGUGUUCUUAAAGGCCUUGUAAUAUGUCUGUUGUCUUGUCUUUUAGUUUAUGGUUGGGCCAAAGUAAUGCAAGAUUUCUCUCAGUUGUUUUUUUUUUAAAAAACGCCCUGUUCUCAAAUCGUUUUUGACCAAUAAAGAGGUUUUCAUUUUUAA